AUGUUCCCGGCGCUUGGCCCCGAGCCCAGCAGCUGGGACGCCAGCAGCGUGGCCGCCCUGCCGAGGGACAUGCUGGCCACAGAGCCUGCGCGAGGGCUCUCAUACAGCACCCGGCUGAUGGCAAGGGCCAGCAUCGAGCCCUUGGCUGAGGGCGGGUGUUUGGGGUGCCGUCCCUGGGAGUGGGGCUGUGAGGACUCCGCUGUGACCAUCCUCCAGCGGUACCCCACCGUGGGCUUGGCCACCGUGCCCGGGGUAAUAGUCCAUGAUGUGAAUGAGCUGACAGAAAAGCUGUUUCCAAUCGUUGAAGCCAUGCAGAAACACUUCAGCGCUGGAUCAGGGACCUACUACAGCGACUCAAUCUUCUUCUUGUCGGUUGCAAUGCAUCGCAUCAUGCCCAAAGAAAUAACACAGAUCAUCCAGGUAGACUUGGACCUGAAGUACAAGACCAACAUCCGAGACCUGUUUGAUGAGUUCGACAACUUCCCAGAGGGAGCAGUCAUCGGGAUUGCCAGGGAAAUGCAGCCAGUGUACAGGCACACAUUCUGGCAGUAUCGCCGUGAGAACCCCCAGACCAAAGUGGGGGACCCCCCUCCUGAUGGGCUCCCCGGCUUCAACAGUGGCGUCCUGCUCCUGAACCUGGAAGCCAUGAGGCAGUCCAAGCUCUACAACCAGCUGCUGGAGCCCGCCGUGGUGCAGAAGCUGACAGAGAAGUACCACUUCAAGGGCCACCUCGGGGACCAGGAUUUCUUCACCAUGGUGGGGAUGGAGCACCCAGAGCUCUUCCACGUGCUCGACUGCACAUGGAACCGGCAGCUUUGCACGUGGUGGAGGGACCAUGGAUACAGUGACGUGUUCGACCAGUACUUCCAGUGUGAGGGUGAGGUCAAAAUUUACCACGGGAACUGCAACACCCCAAUCCCUGAAGACUAGGGCACCCGCUGCCCCCGGGAGCAGCUCUGGCUGCAGCAAGCCCUG